AUGGAUGAGUCACAUCAGUUGAUUAUGCUGAAGUGUGCCAAGGCCAAUAUUGGACUAGUGAGGGCAUUUCGUAUUUUUAAAGAACUGGUUGGAAGUUUUGAGGAAGUGGGGUGCACCAGCAAGGACUUUAAAAAUCUAUCGUACACCAUGAAUUCAUACGCGGAUGGUGUUGAUGCACAACUACUACUUGACAGGUUUCUAAGUAAACGUGAAACUAAUGAAUGUUUCAAGUGUGAAUAUUUAGUUGAUGAAACUCACAAGGUGAAGAGUUUGUUCUGGAGUGAUGUUGUUGCUGUUCAAAAUUACUCGUUAUUUGGUGAUGUGGUGUUCUUUGAUGCCACGUAUACAACGAACAGGUACGACAUGAUUUUUCUCCAUUUACCGGCAAGGAUAAUCAUGGUGGGUGUGUUACAUUUGGAGCAAGAUCAAGACCCAGCGUUGAAAAUUACUGUUGAAAAUGUCAUGCCCAACACAAGACAUAGGUUCUGUAUGUGGCAUAUCAUGAUGAAGCUUGCUCAGAAAUUGUCGAACUCUUUACGAGAAGAUGCCGAACUGAAAAGCGAGAUACAUUCUGUCGUAUGGUCGGAAUUAGAUGAGCCAGCUGAUUUUGAAAGGAAAUGGACAGAAGUAUUAGAUCAGUAUGAGUUGACUGACAACACAUGGCUUGCCAAUAUGUUUUCACUCCGUUCGUAUUGGAUACCUGCCUACUUUCGAGAUUUGAGCAUGAGCGGCUUGUUUAGAACGACAUCAUUAUCCGAAAGCGAGAAUAGUUUUUUUCGAAGAUACUUGAAUCGGAAUUCCAAUCUCGCUGCAUUCUACAUUCACUUUGAGAGUGCUAUGGAGGCACAAUGA